GCCCUGUGGAAUGACGACUGAUCACUUAGGUGCCUAAAGGAAAUAUUCCCAGCGGUUGCAUUCAGGAACCGUGGGAACUAGAAAUGUCUUUAAAACAUCAUCGAUAUUCUAUGUUUACGCGAUUGGUUUUGAAAGAUAAUAUGCUUCACUGAUCCCAGCUGUUUAUGUCAGCACACGACCCAAAUAUCAUUUGAAGAAUUAUGAUCUUGACCAAUUUGCGCAGCAUUUUCAGUCCAUGUUAGGCAUUUCCCAUGCUCUCAAAGUAAAGCAGAUCCGCCAGACAGCAGCAGCGGCGGCCGGUGGGAGUCGGACAGUAUGGCUUCCUCAUCGUCUGUGGACGCCAACGACCAGGUCAUAAUGUAAAGGCUGGUUGUCAUUAUAUAGCACGGGAAGCAUCGAUAGAGAGAGAGAGGACAAACAUAUUUACCACUUAAAGCAGUUGAGAGAAACAGUGACACGAAUUAUGUGCUGGUCGUAUCAUUGAUUUGAAAGGCAGACUUGCCGCUUCCAAUAUGGCGAACUAGCUGAAGUAUUGCAGCAACAAAUUUUUCAGUUUCAAAUCCUUUUUUCUUUUCAGUUUCAAAAAAAUGUUUUUGGACAAACUUUAUGGCACCAGUUUAGCUCCUCGGAUCUCAGACCAACCACUUGGACAUUCAGGCUCCCGUAGCAGCUCUCUGCUGGCUGAAGACACAACCUGCUGGCUUCCCCAGACAGCCCUCACGAACAUGUCUUUAUUCUCUGCGGUUCUGGAUCCAUCAGGUUCCUGUAGAUGUGCAGUCUGGUCUGGUCAAGUUCAAGGUUACUGUAAAUGAAUUUACAGUAAAAUGAUCCAACCCUGGAGAACCAACAGAACUCCAAACUGAAACAAGCUGCUUUGACAUGAUUUUAAUAGAUUUUCUAAUUUGAUGAAAACCUGUUUGUGGAAUAAUCAGCAGCUUUUACAUGUGUUUUUACAGUGGCUGUUUGACUGAUAAUCUGCCACCCCGGUUGAAUUACAUUUUACUGUAGAUUUGUAAUAAAAGCUGAUUGUUGCCAAUAAGUUCCUGUUGUAAUAAUGAACAUUUUACAGUGCCACUUGAUUUACUGGAUGGUUCCGAAUCAAAUGUUAGGUCACCCUGUUAAUAUUUAGGUUUGAGUAUGGUGAUGAUGAGGAGGAGGAGGAGGAAGAGGCGGAGGCAGCCGUGCAGCCUCCGGUGCUCAGCGCUGCGCAGGGCGGGGCGACGCGGCGUAGCAGCAGCUUCAUCCCUGCUGAUCGACACAGACCUCCUGUUCUUCUCCAGGCCGCGGGAUGGACCCCGGGGCCCGGCCCGCUUCCCCUCGGUCUCAGCAGGCCCGGUUCGGGUGAGAAUGCGCAUUUAGAAGUGCGCAGCAGAAAUCUCCCGCAUAGUGAAUCUGUACAGAGCGCAGUGGAGCGUCGGCCGCUGCGGCAGAAACAGCGCCAUUGUUUGGAUGCGCAGCAGACUGAGAGGCUCCAGGCCGGGGUGAGAGCCGCUCAGAGCCCGGCAGCCAGCAUGCUUUCCCCGCUGCUCCUCACGGUUCUCCUGCUCGGCUCGGUCCAGACUUCAACAGCAUUCCAGGUUUCCACAAACCAGGAAGGUUUGAUCGUGGCAACCCUUGAGAAUGCCGACCUUCAGGACAACAUCACAGCCUAUGCUGUGCAGGUCUCAGGAGAACCCCGGCUGGUCUUGGUUCCGUUCAUCAACACCAGUGAGCCAUUGCUGUUCAAUGCUUCGUUCCAUGGCCUCUGCUACACUGUGGGACUACUGGUCAAACUGGGACAAAGCUGGUCCAGACCCAUAAGGAGCAUAGCUGUUCUCACAAAGCCGCUUCCUGUCCGCGCCGCUUAUAUAUCAGACUACAAGGAGGCUCCGGAAACUGGCGUGGUGUUCGACAUCGACCCUCCGAUCAGAACAGUCUUCAGCCGGGUCAACAUCAGCUACACUGAAGGACAGGAGCGCCGCUCCAUGCUCUAUAAAGAUUUCUACAAAGGGAAGACAGUGUUCAAACACUGGUUACCGGGAAUGUGCUACCGGAACAUCACCUUCCAGCUCAUCUCUGAGGCCACGGUGUUCCAGACAUCACUAAUCACCCUCAGCGACAUCACCCACACACCGCUGCACCACCGCACAGUGCCCUAUCCUCCGCUCAACAUCUCCCAUAAGAUCAUUGCCCUGAACCAGAGGGCUGCAGGUGAGUUCCAUAGCAAGGAGGGAGGCUGGCAGUCAUCCCGUCAGGCCCGGGACGUCCCGCUGAUGGAAGAGCCGCAGGAGCAGGAGACGCAGCCGGAGGAGGAGAUUGUGUCAAAUGAGGAAGAGACAACACCUCAGGUUUUCUUCAGCACAACUCAAAAUGUGACUGAAAGGGUCAACGUUAGCAGGAACCAGACAGAGGAGCCUGAGGCUCAGAGCUACUGGCUCAACCCGACAGAGAUCUCACCUGCUGACAGGGAUGAGGAAUUUGUUAAUGCAGUGGUGUCGGACUAUGAGGACUCCAAUGAGCCAGGGUCAGCCAUGGCGGUCCCCACCGAGGUCCUCGUUCUGGCUACCAAGUUGCCCCCCAUCCUGCUUGAGCUGCGUUGGCUUCCUCCCAGACCUCCAACCUCCUAUGAUGGCUUCAACGUCUACAUCUACAGAGAUGGUAACUCCACAGAGACAGCGACUGUGGAUGAGAACACGCACGAGUUCUUCACGGAGUUGACAGAGCCGGGAACGUACCGAGUCCAGGUCACCACGCUGAGUUCAUCAGGAGACUGCGAGGCCCGAGAGAGCAGCGCCGACACCGGCUUCACCUUCUACCUCAGUCCCACUGGUGAGCUGUUAGAGGAAUUGAGGGAGCGUCCCCAGGGCGUCAACUUCAGACUACUGGACUCCAGCACCGCUGCCGUCUCCUGGGCUCCGUCCUCUCAGAACCACAACGGCAGCCUGGUGUCGGUGCUUUCCACCACCUGCCUAAAGCCCAGCCUCAGCCAGAGGAUGGAGAACACGUACUGCAGCGAGGAAAACUCAACCAGUGACGUCAUCAGCAACCUGACACCUGGCGCUCAGUACAGAGUGGUGGUCUAUCACACCAACGGUCCUCUGAUCAGUCCUCCAUCUGAGCCCGUCAUCAUCGACAUUGAGCCCACAGGUGUACGAGAGCUGACCGUUUACCCUCUGAGUCCAACGGCUGUGAUCCUCAGCUGGCAGCGUCCGUACCACGUGGCCUUCAGAAAGUACAUCCUGCAGACCUUCUUCUUUAACCCCGUCACGCUGGCGUCUGAGUGGACCACCUACUAUGAGAUCGCUGCCACCGCUUCAGUCAUCGCCACUGUAAGAGUCACCGACCUGCUGCCCGCCUGGUAUUAUAACUUCAGAGUCUCCAUGGUAACGUGGGGUGAUCCUCCGCUCACCUGCUGCGACAGCUCUACAGUCAACUUUGUGACAGGUACCUAUCAGGGAUCCUUGACCAGAUCUCUGCAGGAACUGAAGAGUCACAAUGUUCUGCUGGAGCUCUGUAAGCACAGGCAGAUGCACCUUAGAUUGACCUCAGUAGGGAGUGCACCCUGUUAAUGUGACCAGAACCAG